AUGGCGUCGACUCUUCGCUCAUCAGCUGCCCGACGAAUCCUCGCCGCUACAAAGCCCACCUCGGCAAUACGGCUCCUACCGCAAACCCGAGUCGCUGCUUUCCACGCUUCACAAAAGCACCAAAUUCUGCCUCCCGGACCUCAGGUCGUCCACGGCACCGUCAAUGAUCCAGUUCCAGUUCCAAUAGCAAAUGCUACUCAUGGAUCCUACCACUGGGCUUUCGAAAGAAUUAUCGCCCUCGGCAUGAUUCCGCUUACUGUUGCUCCAUUUGCUGCCGGCAGUGCAAACCCUGCUCUCGACGCUGCUCUCGGUACUGCAUUGGUUCUACACUCCCACAUCGGUUUCGACGCUUGUGUGACAGAUUACUUCCCAAAGCGACAAUAUCCUAGGACAAGAACAUUCAUGAUCUGGUUGCUAAGGGCAUCUACUAUCACUGCUGCCGUAGGACUCUUUUCAAUCCAGACGAACGAUGUUGGACUUACAGAGGGUAUCAAGAGGUUCUGGAGGGCAUAG